CCAUGUUGGAAAUGUGUGUUGACAUGAAUUAGAAGGCUAGAAUAAUGACCUUAUGAGCCGUUAAAAUAACUCCUUUAGCGUAAACGAAAUAAAUAUGGACAGCCCUCUUAACAUGGCUCAUCUUCAAGAAAGAAGAGCAGAGUCAUUUAUAAAUUCUCAUCAGUUUUCUGAGGCAAUACAAUGUUAYCAAACUGCUGCAGAAUAUCUCCUUCAGGCAAUGAAGAUGACUCAAGUAACUCAGGCUGUUGUAUCAAUGCAACUUCAGUAUGAAAGCAAUCUUCGACAAGAAAAGAUCAUUAAGGACAAAUGGAGAAGACACGAGCUUCAGUUGGAAAGACUUGCACUUGAAAAAGAAAGACUUAAAAAAGAAUCUUCAAAAACCAUUCCCUCRAGCAAAUUAACUGAUUGUACGGACGCUGACAACUCAGAGCAGUUGAAAACAGAAUGCAUGAUAACGAGCACGAGUAGYCUUGUYAUUUCUGCUGAAAAUUUCCCCGUUUCWUCUCUGAGUUCAAGUACAGAAUUCCUYACUUCAAGAGAAGAGAAAGAUGUYAUGAAUGACUUAAGAAUUCAAAUUCGCGAUCUUCAAAUGCAAGUCUUGUCGUUGAAUCAAUCUCUUGAAGAUUCAAAUAGGGAGAACACUAAACUAAGAAAGAUCAUUUCAUCACUUAAACAGAUUUUGAGAGAGAGGCUUGACAUGGAAUAUGAUGAAGAUGCGAUAAUGUCAGMAGAAUCAGAAAAAUUAUAUGAAGAUAAUAACUAAUAAAUAUAGAUUGAGAGUUAAAUUUCUCUUACAAAGAGAAUUUUUAAGGAAAGGCUUCGACCAUUUAGAAUUCAAGGGAGUUUUUCAAACAUGGAGGCAAAAGUGAAGCACAAACGGGCAAGCUACGAGUGUGCGCAAACCCAAAAUGCACAAAUUUAUCAUCCAGUUUUUCAUGUACAAUCAGAAGGAGGCGGUAGCGUUAUCAUAAUGAAUAAGUAAUUCUUCUUAA